AUGAUAUGUACAGGGUUGUAAUGUCAACAUGUCAGAUGCAAGUGGUAGUAAUGUAUAUGCUUAUUUUGGGACAUGUUAGCUGUACUUAACAAUUGACAGCUAGGUUAUCAGGCCGAGAUACACCAUCAUGCGUAUCCGCAAGUUGUCUGCAAUUGUGGGAGCCUGCUUGAUCUUCGGAGGCUGCAUCAUGCUGUACAUGAUCAUGGACCACACGUUCCUGCCUCAAGAGUAUCAGCAGGACAAGUGGAUGCAGCUGGAGGGACGCCUGAAGCUGCUGGAGCAGGACCUGCACCGCCACCACGAGCUGGUGGGCGCGCUGAAGCACUCGGUGAGGGAGCUGGCCAACAGCAGCAGCCAGCCGCCGGCGCCCUCCGGCCAGGCGCCGGCGCGCCAGACGCCCGACGCCAGGCGCCGGCUGCUGGGCUGCAGCCUCAGGACCAGCGCUGCCCCCGCCACCGAUGUGCAGCUGCUGGAGUUAUACAAGCAGCUGAAGUUUGACAACCUGGACGGGGGUGUCUGGAAGCAGGGCUGGAACAUAGAGUACAGUCCUCACUCGUGGAGUCCUCGCAAGAAGCUGAAGGUGUUCGUGGUCCCGCACUCGCACAACGACCCAGGUUGGCUUAAGACUUAUGAAGACUAUUAUCGCUCACAAACAAGAAAUAUUUUAAAUAAUUUGGUAAAGAAGUUGAAAGAAGAUGAACGUCGCAAAUUUAUCUGGGCAGAGACGUCAUUUCUGGCCCUGUGGUGGGACGAAAUUCCACAAGAAACGAAGGAAGAAGCAAAGAAGCUCAUCGCCAACGGACAGCUGGAGGUGGUGAAUGGCGGCUGGGUGAUGAACGACGAGGCCAACACUCACUACUACUCGAUACUCACUCAGAUGAUUGAAGGACAUCAGUGGCUGGAACACAACCUGGGGUUCAAACCAAGGAAUAGUUGGACUAUUGAUCCUUUCGGCUUGUCCUCAUCAAUGCCGUUCCUGCUGAAGAAGAUGGGAAUGGAUAAUGUUGUGAUACAGCGAGUGCACUACUCGGUGAAGAAGGCGUUAGCUAAAAAGAAACAACUGGAGUUUCGCUGGAGGCAGCUGUGGGACGGCACGGGCGCGACGGACUUCUUCACGCACAUGAUGCCCUUCUACAGCUACGACGUGCCGCACACGUGCGGGCCCGACCCCAAGGUGUGCUGCCAGUUCGACUUCCGGCGGCUGCCCGGCUACGGCAUGACCUGCCCCUGGAGGGUCCCCCCGCAGACCAUCACCGACCACAACGUCGCUCACAGAGCUGAACUUCUGCUGGAUCAGUACCGCAAGAAGGCGCAGUUGUAUCGCACGAAUGUCGUGCUGGCACCGCUGGGAGAUGAUUUUCGCUAUGAUCAGCAGUCGGAGUGGGAUGCCCAAUACAAGAGCUACCAGCGGUUGUUUGACUACCUCAACAAUAAUCCGAACUUGAAUGUUCAGGCACAGUUUGGCACACUGAGUGACUUCUUUGAUGCGGUGCGUGACGAGAUGUCACCGCUCCAGUUCCCGUCCCUCUCCGGAGACUUCUUCACGUACGCAGACAGGGACGACCACUACUGGAGCGGCUACUACACUUCCAGGCCGUUCCACAAGAGGAUGGACAGAGUGCUCGUCAAUUACCUCAGGAGUGCGGAGGUGAUCUUCUCGCUGGCGUGGAGCUCGUCGCGCCACUCCAAGGGGCUGCAGGCGCCCGAGUCGGGCCUCACGAAGCUGCUGAGCGACGCCAGACGCAGCCUCAGCCUGUUCCAGCACCACGACGGCGUCACCGGCACAGCCCGGGACAACGUGGUCGAGGACUACGCCAGGAAGAUGAUGGAAGCAAUACGAGGUUGUCAGCACAUCAUACAGCAAAGUGCAUACGCUCUACUGACUCAAUCAAAGGGUACGCUGGACCCCGAAUUUACGUAUUUCGACGUAGAUGACGUCCGCAAACACCACAACAGCUUGCCAGAGAAGACUGUCCUGGCUUUCAACGACGACGUAACUGAGCGGAGAGUUGUGGUCUACAACUCGUUGACGUGGAAGCGGAAGGAGCUGGUUACAGUUCGUGUUUCGACGCCUUACGUUAAGAUUACUGAUGCUGAAGGCAACACUGUGCCCAGCCAGACGAGUCCUGUGUUUCUUCGCUCGGGCCAACCUGCCGACUCGCAUUACGAUGUGUCGUUUGUUGGCGAAGUGCCGGCACUGGGGCUUGCAUCGUACACAGUCCACUCACUGAUGUCUAACGAGCCAUCAUCAGGCAGCGUGUUUGCUCGCUUGACGCUGCUGAACUACGAUAGAGACGUGCCAGUGAUAGAAGGGUUCCAGAGAAUAGACGUACACCCAGACGGGAAGGAGUUCUCGGUGUCCAGCGAGCUGCUCAGCGCCACGUUCAGCGCACAGGGCAUGCUGAAGGCAGUUACAUUGCGAGACUCGGGUGUCACGGUGCCUUUACAUUUGGAUUUUGCGAGGUACUCGGCGCGGCAGGGCCCGGAGAGGAGCGGGGCCUACCUCUUCCUGCCGGACGGGCAGGCGGUGGCGGUGUCCCCCGACGUGCCCCCGGUGUGGGUCGUGGAGGGCCCCCUCGUGUCCCAGGUGCGGGUGCGUCUGCGCGAGGCGUCCCACGUCGUCGCGCUGCACAACACUCCAGGUGUGGAUUCUUUGGGGCUGGAGAUUCAGAACAUUGUUGAUAUCUCUGAUUUCAACAACUACGAGCUGGUGAUGCGACUUUCAAGCAACAUCAAGAAUGGGGAAGAGUUUUUCACCGAUCUGAAUGGCAUGCAGAUGAUACGUCGCAAGCAUUUCAACAAGCUGCCUCUGCAGGCCAACUACUACCCACUUCCUAGUGCCGCGUUCAUUGAAGACGACGACAUCCGGCUCACUGUUCUUUCCGCCCAGCCUCUGGGAGUAGCAGCGUUGAAACAAGGCCAGAUAGAGGUGAUGCAAGAUAGACGACUUAACCAAGAUGACAACAGAGGCCUGGGGCAGGGUGUGAUGGACAACCGUCCGACGCCCCUGACGUUCCGUCUGCUGCUCGAGAAGAGAACCACCAAGUGCCAGUCGACCUCGCCCGACCACCCGGCGGGGUUCCUGACCUUGGCCAGCCACGCCGCCCUGCAGUCGCUGCUGCACCCUGAGCUGCGCCUGCUGUGGCGGGCGGCCCCCGGGGAGAGCCUGGGGCCCGGCCACGCCCCGGUCUCGCAGGAGCCCGGAGUGGACAUCCAGCUGGUGAAGGUGCACUCCUUCCCGCAGGACUCUGGCAGGGCCGUGGGCCUGCUGCUGCACCGCCAGCACCUGGACGCCUGCUUCCCGGGGCCGGCCGGGGGGCCGCGCCCCGGCGACGGCCUGCUGAAUGUGGGCACGCUGUUCCCACGCCAGUUCGGCAACAACAUGAGGGAAUCGUCGCUGUCCUUCAUGCACGACGGGAAGCAAGUCAGCAAGCACGCCUCCCAGCCCAUCUGCCCGAUGGAGAUGCUGGCGUUUGUGUUUGCCAGAUAGUUCGCGCAGUGGACGCUUCCUCCCGGCCGGUCGGAGUCGUGACUUCUCAACUCUGGGAGCAAUGCUGACGAGAUUAAACUUUUGUAUCAAAAGCUGGAAUAUUUUGUAGGCGGCCAAGGUCUUGGCACAGGACACUGUUUGUGGCGGGUGACGCUGAAGAGAACAAAUUGUACUGUGCAUAGUGCAUUCCAACCAACACGAACAUGUUUGAAUUCUUGCUUUGUGUUUUCUCACAGUCACGGAGGCAUGUCCUAAUUUGUGUUUAGCUGGCACGGGUUUAAUGAAUUUCAAUUUUGGCCUUUUGGCAGGAAUGGCCGUCUGAAGUUUCUUCCUUAACAGUCAAACUACAGUAAAACCUCGCUCGUACGGCCCCCAGUUCAUACGUACACCUCGCUCGUACGUACAGAAAAUAAGGCAAAAAAAAUAUGAAAAGUGUAAGAAAUACGUUAAAGUUUAUUAAAAUAUAGAGGUGGGACGAUACCACACUUUCGAUACUCGAUUCUUUAUUGUUUUUUCAGUUCGAUACUUUCGAUACUCCAGGGAAAAAUAUUUUCCCAUUAAGUAACAAUUAUUACAAAUAACAUAAAUUAGUUUUAAACUAUAUAAAUUCCCUCUUUAUUACAAAAAUACAAAUGAGAACUUUCGGAAGCAAAUAAGAAAUGUAGUAUUGUAAUGAGAAUACUUUAAAUUUAUAGUAGAUUUAACAGUUAACCUUUACGAUAGGCCUAUUGAUAUCAUGUUUUAGCUCAAUAAAAAUCACAGAUUUUUGUUUAGAAACACAAGCAUUUUAACUCGUUCAGGGUCAAGUCUACUUCUUUUCUUGUCAACAACAAGUCCAGCGGUACUGAACAGCCGUUCAGACUCAACAGUAGCAUGUGGAAUACAAAGGUACUUCCUUGCUAUCUGGCGUAGGCGAGGAAACGCAUAUUGAGUUUUCCAGUAAGCAAAUAUGUUGGUAUUGGGCGGCAACAGUGGGUCCUGCAGAUACACUUUAACUUCAUUAUCUGCUGACUGUCCAAUGUUGGUGACUGACAGAGCAGACUGCGAAAUGACUUCUGAAUAGAAAGUUGCUCCAACUUUUUCUUCUUCCUAAUAACAUAGCAGUUACAAGUUGGCAGUACAAUGGUUGGCAGUAAAGUUAGAGAAAAAUGCAUGAACAAAGUUAAAAUACUUACAGUAACAUUAUAUGUCAUGUCCAGUUCUUUAGCAGCAUUAAUCAAAAUUAUUUUAGCAUUUUCAUAUACUUCAGGUGUUCUAAAAAUAAAACCUUUAAAUCUUGGAUCCAACAAAGUAGCUAGGCAAUAUAAAGGUUCUGUCUCGUAGCUUUCACACUUCAUUUUCACUCUUCAAAUUUUGAACAACGGUAAUGUUUGAAGGUUUUUCAAGCUCACGCCAUGUACUUGUGACAAUGGGCAACACUUCUGAUAAAGUCACAUCACUUCUCCUUAGAGUGAAUGUAGCUUUAUCAAAAAUCUUGAGAAGACCCACUACAUGUUGCAUUAACUCCCAUUGAUGUGCUGUGAACUGAACAGGCAGCUGAUGCUCAGUGUCUACCAAUAUCACAGCUUGCUUCUGCUCCACAAGACGCUCCAUCAUGUGUAGGGUGGAGUUCCAGUGAGUAGGCUCAUCUUGAAUCAUUCUGUGUUGGGGGUAUUCAAAGUCUGUUGAGCCUCUUUCAAAAGUUUUCAUGCUACUACUGAAUGUUUAAAAUGACCAACUACACGUCUACAGUUUGCAGUCAAAUGAGAUACUGAUGGUGAACUCAAGAUGCCCUUAUUCACAACUAGCUGAAGCGUGUGGGCCAAACAUGGUAUGUGUUCAAACUGUGAUUCUUCAAGUGCUUUCACAAUGUUCCGUCCAUUGUCACGCACAACUGCCACUAAUUUUGCUUCUGCAAGAUUCCAAUCAGCAAAAGUUUGCAGCAUUAGAUUUCUGAUAUUUUCACCAGUGUGUGAUUGUUCUGGGAAAGGAAUCACUUCCAAACACAAGUGUUUCAGUUCAAAUUCACUAUUUAGAAAAUGAACAGUGAUGCUAAGGUAGUCGUCAUUUGCUGUAGAAGACCAAAGAUCUGUAGUUACACUCACAAACUCAAUGUUUUCUAUCUGUAUUUUUACCUUUGUUUUGCAUUCUUGGUACAGAUUGGGUAUCACAUUUGCUGAAAGGUGUUUCCUCGAAGGUAACUGGUAGCGAGGUUCAAGGUGAUGCAACAAUUGUGUGAAACCUCUGUUUUCAACUAAAGGGCUGGUUGUCUAGACAAAUCAUUUCAGCAAUUUUUUUGGUUAUGGCUUUGCUUCGAGAAUCGCUUAGUCGAAAUGUUGAUUUCUUAUCAAUGUAACUUCCUAAAGUUACCUGUUUGCUGGCUGGUUUCGGUAGGCAUGAAGCAGUGUUUACACUCACAGAGCCAGAGCUAGAUGGUCCAACAUCUGCAAUUUCAUGUUCAAUGGGCACAGUCUCAUUUUGAUUUUCAGCUGCAUUUGAAACUUCUGUUGUAUUUGGUACAGCAAGCUUGAGUCGUUUACUGUUUGCUUCGGCAAUUUCAAAUUUGUGCUUGCUGCCCAAGUGUUUCUUCAAAUUGCUAGUGUUAAACAAACGUUGUCCUCGUGAAUAUGAUUUCUUACAAAAAAUACACACAGCUUUUGUUUUGUCAUUGCUGUCUAUAAAAAAGUACUUCCAAACAUCUGACAUCUUACUGCAACAACUUUUAGCACGUUUUUAAACACUUGACCAAAAAGAGCACAUAUUUUCAAACUGCAAACAACUUUAAAGACUUGAAUAUAAAAAAUAGAAGCGAAAUACAAUCUUCAAGAGAGUUAAACCUUUAUUUUCCAGUACACGUUUUUUUUACCGCGAACAAAUGUAAAUAAAGAUAGCGCUCUCUUAAAUAAAAUUGCCGCAAACAAUGAUAGUUCGCACUGGUGGCGCCAAUUUAUGUUACUAUACGACCGCGGCAAUUGAAAACAUUCAUAAUAUCGAUACACAUCUCUGGUACUUACCAUACACGAGAGAUGAGACAUGUACUUACUCUAUGAUGUUGACUGUUAUUACUAGGCGUGUUAUUGCUACUAUUGCGACGGAUUGCGAGUGGAGUCAAUUAAUAUGAAUUUUAAGUGCUCGAUAUUUCUAUUUCUACUAAUUUUUUUUUCAAAUUUCCUGUGAAUUCAAUGUUAGAAGUGUUACGUACGAAAAAAGUAACUUCUUGAAAACGAAACAAAAACAAUAUAACCUUACUUUACCGUUUGUUUACUAUUGGCAAGUUGCAGAAACGACUUAUAUAAUUAUAAUUUAUUCUAAAGUACGCCUAUUGGUUAUCAUAAUUACGGCUGAAAAGCUGUUCUAGUUGUAUUUUGUAUGAUGGCGAAACAAAACUUAAUUCAAUACAAAUGAACAAACAUUCCGCUAUCGAAAAAAUGUAUCGAACUUACAGUUUCGAUACUCGAUACUUUGCGAUACCGUCAAGUAUCGAAGGUAUCGAGGUAUCGAGGUAUCGAAGUAUCGAAAGUCUCAUCACUAUUAAAAUACAGUUGCAACCUGCAGCGUUUAUAACAAAUACGGGCUACAUACACAUUGCGUCACAGUAAAAAAUUAAAAAAAAAGGCCGCAAAUUGAUGGAAAUAUACCGUUAAUAGCGCGCCGUACGCGGAGAAAGGUCAUUGUACUCGGUCAGCUGUUGUUACAGCGCAGUGGUAGCCGCCGGCUGGCUCUCUUUGUUUACUGAGCUGCGCAUGCGCAGUAUAACUCACUCUAUGCUCCGCCCAGACUCGUGACCUUCCAUCAGCAGCCAGCCAAUAGAUGCAAGCUUAGCGGGAAAAAAAUAUAAGCUCCACCUCCCGUGUACCAGUUUUGUCAAGUUCUGAUACCAGUUUAUUGGUAUACGCACCAGUUUUCUCGCUGCCGUGACAUUUUCAAGUUUACGUUCAUCUUUAUGUCUUGAUACCAAUGAUUAAUUAUUAUUUACAAUCCCCAGAAAGAAAUAGUUAGUUAAAAAAUAUGUGUCAACUGUGUAAUACUUCUUAAAUUAUUAAAUACUUAUAAAACAGUUACAAGACUCCGCUCAUUUUAUUUUGUGAUGUUUAUGUCUCGUACCAAUAUUUCGGCAUGGCCUAAAAGUGCGACGUAUAUUCUGCUGUGUGUAGCGUGUGAUACCCAUUGCUAUGCUUCUUUUACACGCCUAGGCUUAAAUUAAUACAUGUUUAGAAAUAAAAGAAACUUUAUAAAAUAUAUAUUUUUUGCGAUUUAAAAUGCUCACUGCCAACUAUAAACGUUACGUUUUUCACAAUGUUUUUAGGCCUACUAGCUAAUCUUAUCUACAUUUAUAAAGAACCCACUGUAUUUUUUUAUUUGAGCGAAUAUGUUACGUGUUAAUUAUUAUUAUUAUUUUAUUGAUAUAAAAUAUCAAAAAUGUAAAAACGGGCCGUACGGCACUGCCUUCGUAAGCUGUAUAUUUGGCCUAGACAUAGUGUUGAGUCUUUUUUUUAUUUUUAUGUUUGAUUAGCCCAAGUGUUGUUUCUGCAUGAAUAGGAUAUCAUUUCGAUCGAAAAUACAUCAGCAUAAUAAACAUACACGUAAAAAACCUUACUUGUUUUCCAAAGGCACAUGUACGUGACCUUAUAGACACGGCAACAGCAAUUCAUUUCCCACGGCAGCAGAGGGAAAAAGGUUGGUGGUGGGGGGGAGUAGCCACAUGGACGUGAUUUAGGCCUCACUGGUUCGUACGGACAAAUUUUGGAGAACCGUGAUUGUACGUAGAAUAGAGGUUUUACUGUAGCAGGAAUGCACUUAGGUUUUUGUUAUUUUUUUGUUAUGAUGUUUAAAGCAGCAUCUACUGUAAAAUUUGAUAUUAUUUUUAGUGUAAGAGUUCCACUUGAAGCUGUUUUAAAGCUUUGUGUGUUUAUGCAGUAGAGAUCAUUAUAAGGGAAUGUUUAUGUUUUACUACACAAUGUAAAUAGUGCAUGUUAGUUGUGCCGUGGGGUCUAUGUUGCUUGGUGCAGAGGGUAGUCUUGCCAGUGAAGUGUCUAGUCAGUUGUAGUGGCGGUUUUACAGCCAUAAAACGUGUGGUCUACAGUUUCAUUUACAGUUACUUUUACAAUUGGUUUGAGAGCAAUGAUUUUAACAGCAGCCAGUUGCAGGGACAAAUUCUGCAGUAAGAAACAUUUUUUGGCAGUGAAUUUACUUUCAUCAAACUUUGAGGUUUAAGCCUGUUGCUGAGCUCCCUCGCAGAUUGUGUGAGUGGAUGUGAAUGGGUGAGGUAGGUUACUGGACUCUAGGAAUAGUUGUUUUCUCGUAGUAUCAAAACCGUGCAUAUUUUGACUAUAGUGUUCAGGGUUGCUACAGGUAUAGAAAACAUGGAAAACUAGGAAAAAGUCAGGGAAAUCACUGAAUAUUUCUGUAGUUUUUUGUUGUGAUAGCAAAAUUAACCCGAAAAUACCAUUUCCGCCAACGUUCAGGCAACUGAAAAACUGCUCAAACGUUUACUAAUCAUGAAAUUUUGUUGAUUUUCCUUUUCCUGAAACCCCUUUUUUUUUUUUUUUUUUUUUUUUUUUUUUUUUUAAACCACAAAGGGGGUACACUUAUUUGCGGGUGCUUACAUACAAGCUUGAUAGCCUACAAGCUUUAGGUGAAUCUUUAGCAAUUGUAUAAAAACACUUGUAUACAUCUAAAUUGGCAAUAAUUUAGCUAAGGUGACACAUUUGAAGGCACAUACGUCUUUCCCCCCAAAAAAGCAACAUCAAGUGAGCCGCGGGAUAGUUUUUGUCUGAGUUAGGGAAUUUUGGAAUUUCAAGCUGGCAGCAACCCUGAUUGUUGAACUGCAAUUCUGUUACUUUUUGGUGUAAGCUAAAAUUCUUUGUCACUCGAUUGUUUAUUUCACAUAGGGAUCUUAGGUAUUCAAAUAUUUCUUUUAAUGUUCCUUUUUGAUAGUAACAAUAAGUGGGAUUCUUUGAUUUAAAAAAAAUUGAUGGAACAUGUUUGAAGCCGAGAAAAUUUAUAGAGUUUUUGGGAUUGGUUUCCUGCAACUAAUUUUUGUAUGUAACAGAACUCUGUUAUUAUACAUUGUCAGUUGUAUUAACAAAACCAUUUUCAAACUUAAAAUUUACUGGCCUAAGAAAAUAUAGUUUCAGAUUUUUGAUUUUCUCACAUUUUUUUUGCCACACUAUUAUGAUUGCAUGCAUAUAUUUCUCUUUUUGAUUUCACUUUGUACUGCAUCAAUUUUCCUUGGAUACUUUUGAAACGUGAAGAAAAAGUUUCACCCUAUGUUUGAAUUUGAUUAGAAUAAUAUUCAGUAUUUGAUUUGAUAUUCAUGAAUAAUUUUAUAUUUGAUUCAAAAAAAUAUCAGGAUUCUCUAUCAGCCUACAAGAGUAUUACGUAUGUUCUCUUAAGUUAUGUGGUGUAUAGGGAACAUGUAUGUAUAAAGUUUUAUAAAAUCACAAUUUCUAUUCUUCCUUCCUCUGUCUCGUCUUUAUGCAAGCGUAAUGUCAUUUGUGUAGUCAUCAAAUUGUGUCUCGAUUUUGGUAGUAACUGGUCCUUGUGUUUGUAGUUAUUGUGAACAUUAAGCAAAAGGAAUAGCUUAACUUUGCAAGAUGAAUAAACUUACGAUAGUAAAGGUAAUUGUGGCCAAUAUUAAAAAAUUAAAAAAUACUUUAUCUUGAUCUUUUAAAGAAUUUGGUUGAAGUUUAGCAGUUGGCACGAGGCAAGUACAUGUACAAUUAAACCUUAUUAAUUAAAAUCCUUUUAAUACAAAACUCUCAUUAACUCAAAAUGUUUUCACAGUCCUUAGAAAUUACUCAGUAGUUAUAGUGCUAAAUAAUUUAUUUAAUACAAAAGUAUGGUUAUUAUGUAAUAUAAAGUUUUUUUUCCAAGGGUAAACAAUUGCAUGAAGUACAGGAUAGUUAAUACAUACAAAUAUCACAGAAUAAAUUAAAGAAACUGUGAAGUUUCAACUUAAAUAAUACUGAUGCCAUUGCUUUAAUUCAGUGUAGAUUUGGGAAAAAAUCUUUGAAAUUACAUAUUCUUCCAAAAUGAUGGUAUUUCUUUUUGUUGGUAGUCGUUGAAACUUUGCUUUAUUCUUCUGUCUUAAAUCCUUAAAAAAGUAAUGCUGUUAAGACUUUUUCAAGGGACUGGAUGCAAAAAGCUUAUCAACAGGAAAACUUCUCUAAAAAAGGGAAAUGCAUCUACAUAUUUCAAAUUCAGUUGCUAAAUAAAAACAAAUUUUACUCAAAUGAAAUACUGUAUUAACUCAAAAAUUACACUUAAAUAUUAUUAUCGUCAGCAUGCUGGAAAUUCAUACAAGUAUCAGUAAACUUAAAAAUUAAACUGAACUUAAUUCAAUAACCACAAUAACAAAAUUUAUCAAAACAACACUGGCAAUAAACAGUAACUAAUAUAAUAUUUACUGUUUUGAAAAAUAGUAAAAUACUCGUUCAGAGUUGUUUAGGUAAUAUAUUUUCAGACUGACGCAACACAAAAUUGUCCAAUUCUCACAAACUCGUUCUCACACUAUCUGGAACAUUUUGUGUACAUACCAACCUUCAUUUUUUCACACUUUGACGAAAUACCAAUAGCCAAAAGUUGGUCUUGCCUCAUUAUGAAUCGGCAUCCCGAGUUUUUUUUUUUUCAUCAACUUCCGAUAUUAUUUUCAGUUUUUCUUAAAAAACAAUGCUUUCCAUUUAAUGGGUCCUCCACUACUUGUAGAUGCCAUUAAACACUGUUUUUCACAACACUAAAGUUUUUUAUGCUUAAUAACCUUAAAAUCAACCCUUAAAAGAUCGCAAACUAAAACCCCUUACUUGCAGGUUAUCAAUUUAUUAUUGUUUACUGAGCAUGAUACAAAGUGCGUGCACUACUUGCAGAAAAUAAAAUAAAAAUGCAAAUAGGUCAACAAUAUUGGCUGGUGGUAAUCUGGUGUGCUGUGUAUUCAUCACGUGGUAUAACUUGAAUAGGGAAAAUGGAACAGCCUCUCAGUCUAUACGAAUGCAAGCAGAUGAUUUGUCGAAAAAUUCACUUGUAACAGUGUGUGGCGUGUGUCACAGGUUUCGACGGUCAUGUUCUGUACAAAUUAUUUUGUUGUUAUUGUUUGGAAAAACUUAAAUUUUAAAUAAUUAACAAUAAAAAGAGUUUAAAAGUUUAAAUAUAAACAUUAUUGUUUUAUUUUUUUCCACAAAUACUGAACGUAAUAAGCGGGAAAACGUACAUCACAGUCUUAGAGUUUACUGUACUUGCUGAGUAGUGUAAUUUGUGUUUGCAUCAAUUAGAAAAAAAAAGUUAUUGUUUUAGAUAAUGUAAAUACAGUACACUCCCUAUUUAACGCGGUUGUCGGGGGACAUAACUUUUACCCGCGUUGUUGCAUAACCGCGAUGUUUCGAUGUGACCAAGGUCAAAAGUCAUAAAACACCGCCUGUGUUCUAAUAGGUCGGCAAGCACGCACAGUAUAGACGGCCCGCCUUUGUGCGGACUUUGCAUCCGCAGUUUUCACUAAACGCGGGUGAAAAAAUAAAAAUAAUAAAUUUUAAAGAUAAAUAUUAAAUGAUUUUUUUUUCCCGCAUGCCGCGCACAGUUUGUCGCACGGCCUACGAGCGCGCCACACGCCGCCAUACACACGUGCGGCACACAAGCUGCUGCCAGUCUCGUGGUGUCAGCCACAGUAUCUGCUUCGUCUGAGUGUCCGUAACAAAGUAAGGGCAGUGUGUGCGGUUACACACGAUUCUGUGGUCAAAGUCUUCUAAAUAGAAAGGCCAUAGUAAUACUUCAAACCGAAAAUGAAUCGCAAAGUACCGAGUUUGAUUGACAAAAUAAAAAUUCUAGAUUUACGUACUUACAGAUAGCGUGUCUUUUGCAGAAGUAUGCAGCAGAUACGUGAAAAACGAUUCUAGCAUUCGUACAAUAUAAAAUAAAGAAUCGUCUAUCGUGUAAAGUGGCUAAUCUUUGUUAUCCAUGCUUACAUUAAAUUAUAAAUGGUCACAUGUGGGAUACAAAAAUUGCGCCAAAAUAAUUUUAGCGCAAUAAGUGGCGCCGUAUUAAAAAGUCUGUUAAACGUUGUCUUUACUUAUUCUAUCAAACGCUGUGUCGAGUUGCUGAGUGUGUGUGGCUCGGAUCGGCAAGUGUUAUAUUCCCUAGCCUCUGGUUAAAGGUCGGGAGUCCGCUACACAUAAACAUAUCCGGGGCUUGUUUACUACCUCACGGCAAAAGUGGUACAGUAUGGUUCACGUAAGUAUUGGUCCACUGGGAAUUCCUCGGCAAAGAUUAAAAAUACGCUAGCUGAUUUACUUUACUAUUUAAUGUUAAAACAUUAUACCAAAGUAAAAAGAUGAACGUGUAUAAUACAACGAAUAAAAUUACGUCUGUAGGUUCAAGUUAUAACAAAACAUUUAUAUGUCUCCGCUUGCCAACACACGUGACCACGAGAAGUGUGCCGACGGAAAUGAGUGAACUACUCAAGGUCACCAGUCUUCCCCCCUUUCGGCUUAAUCGCCCCUCUCAUCUCUGGCGCUUAUAUUCCACUCCUCCCGUCUACCCGGGUGUCUUGGUCGCAUAUUCUCGGCUCGCCUCUCCCCUCCCAGCGCUUGCCGUCAACCAAACCUAUCCAAAAUCAAUCCCCAGCCGAGUCACGCUGGAUAAUGUCGCUGGACGGUGGGCUUAAUCGGGUCCCCUGUCCGAUGCUUUAUUUGUGGGUUAAAAAAAAUGUUAAGAACUAGUGUUUCAGAAAAUAACACUGGGCUGGAUUGGACCAUAAUUUGAAAACACUACAAGAUAGAGGAAUAAUUUACGGAGAUAUCUUGUUAAGAAUUUCACUGCGGACAUUUUCUACGCCUAGGCUUUUUUCUGCCCGUUGCUUAGUUUGUUAGUGACAACGCAAAAUUAUCCUAAUCGGCUGUCAACCAUUUAUUGCAUUAUUAUUACAGUAGAACCUCGUUAAUCCGUGACGCGCUAAUUCGGGAAUCGAAUAAUCCGGGACGAUUUAAAAGUGCAGAAAAAAAAAAGAGAAGUAAAUAUUGUCAGCGCCUAAAAUUAACGUCACGCGGGCCGGCGGCCGGCAAACACUGCAAGCCUUCGCAUGGGCCGCCAAACUCUGCUACGCUGUUUGUACCGACCCUUUGUGUCGUCCCCCUUUCAGCUGUCACAUUUGUCACUCUUUAAACUUGAGGGGGAUGUCCUGACUUCUGCUUCCCGUCUCCCUUUGUUUGUUUCCACCCGCCAACGCACGGCAGGCGCCUGGUGAGUGACGUGUCUGGCUGGCAUUCGGCUGGACGAAGUUUUGAUGAGGGGGGAAGGGGGGGGGGGGGGGCUACCCAAAAUUUAUGUGUGCAAGUUCAGCACGAUCUUAUCUUUCUCUCUUCGGCUGUUGUAAAUGACCGUGAACUAAUGGCUAGGCAGUGCCGUAUUUUUUUAAGCCGAGACUAAUUCGAAGACGGCCCUUACCGUGAACGGAUUAUCCGUGUUUAUUACUUUUUUUUUUACAGGAUUUUAAUUAUCCGGGCAUCGGCGGGUCCCAAUUAACACGAAUAAUGGAGAGUUUACUAUUUUUUAUCCAUCUGCUGCCAAGGCGCAGUAAGCCUCGGUAGAUGUUACGUCACAUGACCUUGGCCUUAACCCAGCUGCACGCCGGUGUCUGAGAAGCUUGACAAGACCUUCCGGGCUUUUAAUCGCUAGUCCGUGAAAUUCGGUAAUCCUUGAUUAUCUCGGUCCCGACCAUCACGAAUUAACGAGGUUCUACUGUUGUUGUUAUUAUUAUUCAUUUAUGAUUGGGGGACAUGGUUUGACCCGCGAUAUACCCGAUUCCGCGAUCUAUCGGGGCGCGGUAUACCGGGAGUUUACUGUAUAUGUCUAUGAAAAAAGAAGUAUAGCUAAAAAUUUCCCAAAAUGAAUUAAGAACAAUAUUUCUAUUAAUUUACCAGUUACCAUUAUAUAAAUACAUUUUUUUGAGACUCAAAUAUUGAAAAACAUUUUUAGUACCUACGAGAAAACCAGCAACCGAAUGUUUUGGAACUUAACAUUUUAACUUGAUUUUUUUUCUUCUAAAUUUCUGAGUUUCCACUAAAAUUGGCCAAAUUUUCCUAAACUUAAAAAUUUUUGAUGAUCUUAACUGGUUUUUUUUUCUAAUUCUGUAUUUGAGAUUCUUGACAUCCUUAUUUGUUUGUUUGUGCUGAAACCGUGUGACAGUCCUAGCAAUAUUGAUUAGUCCUUUAUGAUGGACAGUGACAAGGCUCUGACAGUAAUCCUAAAAUCUAGAAUGCUAUCUGAGGUCACAGAUCAGUAAAGGUCUUAGAUCAGUAUAGGCCACAGUCAUUCACUUUUAAACUGAAUUCUAAUGUACUGUUCAUUAUUUCGCAAGUCAGUUGAUAAUUAUUGCAAAAUAGUUUCAUCAUAACAAAUUUGUUUGGCAGCAAAGUUCUACAGAAGGACUUUAUGUUCAUGACCUGCAAUAGAAUACACAUGAGCAUGGUUUCAUCGCAUCCAGCAAUUGGGUGAUAAUUAUUUAGUUACUAUCUUUACUAGGUGAGUGGUUUCUACAUCUAAUGUUGUUUGUCUAGUGUGGUCAGAUUGUAACUGGAGUGAUUUGUAGUGAUAACGGAUUGUAAAUUUUAUUGCCUUUUUUUUAAAAAUGUUUUAUUCUGUUUUUGGUUCCUGCAAUGUGUGUUUGCUUGCAUGGUUAUUUAUAACAUUUGUAGCAUUCUUUGGCUGCAGCCAAAAUAUCUUGUAAUAAACAUUAUAUGUUUACA